GCCCCGCCAGGCGCCCGCGGGAGGGUUUCCCUGUGGCGGUGUGAGAUGGCGGCGCCCGGAGCCCCCGUUACCGUCACCGUCACUUACAGUAACGAAAAACACAGUAUUCAGGUUGCUUCUCAACAGGAAGAUGGUGAACCUACACUGCAAGACAUGGCUGUACUUAUUGAACAAGUCACUGGAGUUCCAGUUCCUUUUCAGAAACUGAUAUACAAAGGGAAGUCUCUGAAAGAAUUGGAACAACCAUUGUCAGCACUUGGUGUUAAAAAUGGUUGCAAAGUCAUGUUGAUUGGGAAAAGGAAUAGUCCAGAAGAAGAGGCUGAAUUAAAGAAGUUAAAAGAUUUGGAGAAAUCAGUGGAGCAAAUAGCUAAUAAGUUAGAGGAAGUUAAUAAAGAGUUCACGGGUAUCCAGAAGGGAUUUUUAGCAAAGAAUCUCCAAGCAGAAGCACUAAAACAGCUGGACAAGAGGAUAAAAGGAACUGCAGAGCAGUUCAUGAAGAUCCUGGAACAGAUUGAUGCCAUUCUCUUGCCUCCUCUAUGUCUCCAAAAGACUACUUGGCGGCAUCUGUUUCUAAAUGGUGACAUUAAUGCCUGUGUACGCAUCCCCAUUCUACAGAAGAGCCUGUUAAGACUACAUGAAAUGGAAUCUGCCAGAGAAUUUCAGUGAUUGCAAACUGAAAAAGAAGGGGUUGGUGAAAAGGGUUCAGGUUUUUCUUGCCCAGUGUGAUACUGUUGAAGGAAAUAUUGGUCAAGAAAUGGACAAGCUGCAGUCAAAGAAUUUGGCGCUGGCAGAAUGAGGCAUUGCCCUACAUAAUUAGGAAACGUAAUUGCUCUAUGAGCAGGAAGAAAAGUUUGCUCUUUGUUUUGGAGCACGUAUUCAGCUUUUUGGUCUUUUUUUAAGCCCAGUCUGUUAGACUGGUACUAGUCAAUCAUUUCUUGCUGGUUGUUAUGUUUGCCGCUUGGUUAGACCUAUUAUUUUGAAAAGAAAAUCCUUCCUGAAGAAUUACAGAAGUAAUCUUUGUGGUGAAUUGUUACGUAUCUUAUGGGCAUAUGUUUAGUUAACUAAAUUACAAAGUUUGCAGUGAUGGGCAAUUUUGUCUGAUAUGUCUUUGCAUUUAUUUACAGCUCAAAUCAAAGAAGGUCUAUAAUCAUGUAAGUGCCAUAAGUUGCAAUUGUAGGACUUCAGCUUGAUUGAAAAAGGCAAACUGAGAUGACAUCUGUGAAAGUCAAAUAUUGUAGUAGACAGUUCAGAGCAAUAAAAAAACCCCUACAUAUUUGUAUCUAGUUAAUGUUUGUAUGCAUUUAUAAAUAUAAGAAAGCUUAAAUAUAAGGAAGUCAUACCUAUUUUAGCCUUAAAUUGUCAUAAUAAAUGGCAUGUACUGUAACAUGUAUGGUACUUAUUUUUGAGUGGUGCUUUAAGUUGUUACUGAGCUCCUUGAUACAGAUGUAUGUUUUUUACAUGGAUUUCUGAUGUACUGUGGUUUUUAUAGAUUAUUCUUAUUUUUUAUUGUUUGUGUUCUGUCUUGAGUUAUGGUGGGAAAUGAAACGAGAUUACUCAUGCUGCUCAUAUAGCAAGGGUUCAGUUCAAGUAAGGUAUAACUAAGGAGCUGCUUUCAAAGGGUUUUUUGUACUUUUUUUUCUGAUUUCACUGAAUUCAUGAUGCUAUAUUUAAUGGAAAAUUGCAGUGAUUAUUUCUAGUCUGUGAAGGCAGUCAGUGAGUUUUUACAACAUGUUACAAAGUGACACAACUUUAUUUUAGCAAUGCUGUGCGACUGAUGAUUAUGACUGAUUCUCACAGUCAGAAGUGUGCCAUGCUUAGCCUUCUCUGUUAGGUGAAAGAUAAGCUUUUGUAGGAGAUAGUAACUGUCAGCAGGUGCAGCCAACUUUGCAGUUGUUGGUCGGAUCCCGUAGAUAAUGUACCUAUAGUGGGAGUUGCUUUUUCACUGAUCUUCUGGUCAGUGGGUCAGUCAUAUACGCGGUGGCUGGUGAAGUAUUGGCUGGUAAGGAGCUGGUUUCUGUGGGGGAAGAAAAGCUCCUUUGUCUCAAAAUAAUCAGACUGAGGACAUUUAGGAAUGGCCCUUGGGUGGAGUGUCUUUAUCCAUAUGUGACUGUUUUAAGAUAAAAAUAGGAAAUGUGUGUAAAAAAAAUGUUAACUUCUAGUAAAUUAUAAACCUUAAAUAAUACCAAAAGUACUAUUAUUUAAGUAUUACCUUUGAUGUUUGUACUUGGAGGAGCAUUUCUUUAGUGAAAAAUGCCAUUGGAGAAAUGAAGCGAUAGCCCUGCAUUAGAAAGGGUCACUUUUAUUCUAAAAAUGCCUUUUGACCAUACCAGGAUUUGAGUUGCCCUAUUUUGUAAUGUUAGCCAGUUUCUUCAAGGUUGUAUUUUUUCCAUAUGCAGCAGCAUCUGUGGAGGAUUUUAAGGUCUAAACUCCCAGGAAGCUUGUAUAUCAUGUUAGGAAAUGGUGUGUUUGGUAGGACUGGAUAUUUUUUCCUGGGCUACUGUCUGGUCAUGCUGCAUUUUCCCAGCACUUUAAGGUGAGGAGGAAGAAGAGUUAGUUGUAGCCAUUUUUGUGAAGCCCUACCUUUUCUGGUGCUGCUUCAGUUGACUCUUAAACCACCAGCAACGCUGUUGCCUAAUCCAGAGGAUGCAAAAGCAUCCACUUUCCUGUGAUGGAGAGGAUCCUCACCCUCUCAAAUUAAGUCCUCUAAUGCAUUGAACUUUCACAGGUGCACGUAUAAUAAGCAAAUAUCCUCUUGGCCAUGAAGAGAGCUGGGGGCUGUGGUCAUGGCUAGGACUAUGUCCGUUUCUGCUGCUCCUUCCUAUUUUUCUCUCUUGGGUGAGAACACUAAGGCUAUAGACAGCCAUUGUCUUCCCAGGACUCCUUCCCAGAAACUGCUGCUUCUUGAGAUGUGGUUGUUGUGAGUACACUCUCAGCCUGUCUCAAAGCCAGCUGGAGUAACUUUAAGGUGUUCCAUAGUAGAUUUUGUUGAUAAUCUGGUACUUGGAGGCAAAGAAAGUGAUGAUGAACCUCUCCCUCCAGUGCAUCUGGAUUCAGCAAAGGGUGUGAGUUACCUCACAGCGGUAACUCCUGGUAUCAGUCUUUGGUUUCUAGGAGAAAAGUAUGUGAACGAAGACAAACUUUUGCAGUAAAAAAAAUCUUGUCUUCCAAAUAUAAAAAUGAGUUGUUUGGUUUUGGAAAAUGGAUGGUUCUAUUUAGAGUUAUCCAAGACCUUCCAGAGUGGAUUGACUUUUCUACUUAGUUUGGAAGGAGGAGCCCUACACUUAAUUUUUUCAUGAUAGCCUUAAAUUUCAGUAGAAGCAAAGUUCCGUGCUUUCGAAAAGUGAGGCAGAAGGGGAAGGAAGAGAAGAUUUUAAAUAUUCUUCAGAAUUUGUAAAGGCAAACAUAGAUCUCGAUCAAGCUUAAGACACACUUGCUGGUUGUGUACCCUGGGUGUACUGGGACGCCUGUUCUGCUACAGAGUCGUUUCCCCACCCCAGCCAUCUGCCCUGAGGAUGCCAACAGAGAAGUGACUCCUCCUGGCCUUCGUUGCACUUACCCCAUCCUCUUCCUCUGGUUGCCGUACUGUUCUGGCUGUGUUUUACACACCUGGGGUUUGCCAUCCUGGCAAAAUGUUGUACUGCAAAGUUUUGUAUUUUGUGAAAAUGGAAAUGGAAUCACACGCUUCCCUGGACCCCCUGUUUCCCUCAGCUCCGUGGGAGAGGAACCAAACCCGGUGUUGAUGGAGCCACCCUGGAGUCGUGGGGCGGCGUGAAAUGGGCUGCUCCUAGCGGGGUCCUCCGUGCCACAAGUCCUCCUGACAGCCUGGAGUAACACCACCUUGACUGUUGAAGGGUCGCUGGCAGUUUGGAGCAGAGCACUUGACACCGUGGAAUCGGGGCUAGAUUUUUUUUUUUUAUUUAGUUAACUUAUUUUAUUGUACUGUCGUAAAUGGAACGGUAAAAAUAAAGUAUGGAACGUUCUCUGCC